GCCCGCGGCCGGCCGGGCCCCCGGCGCUGCCGCCCGUCUUGGCGAGCAGGUGAAAAUGGCCGAGAACUUGCUGGACGGACCGCCCAACCCCAAACGAGCCAAACUCAGCUCGCCCGGCUUCUCGGCGAAUGACAGCACCGAUUUUGGAUCAUUGUUUGACUUGGAAAAUGAUCUUCCUGAUGAGCUGAUUCCCAAUGGAGGAGAAUUAGGCCUUUUAAACAGUGGGAACCUUGUUCCAGAUGCUGCUUCCAAACAUAAACAACUGUCGGAGCUUCUGCGAGGAGGCAGUGGCUCUAGUAUCAACCCAGGAAUAGGAAAUGUGAGCGCCAGCAGCCCGGUGCAGCAGGGUCUUGGGGGCCAGGCUCAAGGGCAGCCGAACAGUACGAACAUGGCCAGCCUGGGUGCCAUGGGCAAAAGCCCUCUGAACCAGGGAGAUUCUAACGCGUCUAGCCUGCCCAAGCAGGCAGCCAGUACCUCUGGGCCCACCCCUCCUGCUUCCCAAGCACUGAAUCCGCAAGCACAAAAGCCAGUGGGGCUGGUGACCAGCAGCCCUGCCACGUCGCAGACUGGACCUGGGAUCUGCAUGAAUGCUAACUUCAACCAGACCCACCCAGGCCUCCUCAACAGUAACUCUGGCCAUAGCUUAAUGAAUCAGGCCCAGCAAGGGCAGGCGCAAGUCAUGAACGGAUCUCUUGGGGCUGCUGGCAGAGGAAGGGGAGCUGCAAUGCCGUAUCCUGCCCCAGCCAUGCAAGGGGCCGCGAGCAGUGUGCUGGCUGAGACCUUGACGCAGGUGUCCCCACAGAUGGCCAGCCACGCAGGACUGAACCCAGCGCAGGCAGGAGGCAUGCCCAAGAUGGGAAUGACUGGUAACACAAGUCCAUUUGGACAACCCUUUAGUCAAACUGGAGGGCAGCAGAUGGGAGGCGCUGGAGUGAACCCCCAGUUAUCCAGUAAACAGAGCAUGGUCAAUAGUUUGCCCACCUUCCCGACAGACAUCAAGAACACUUCCGUCACCAACGUGCCAAAUAUGUCCCAGAUGCAAACAUCAGUGGGAAUUGUACCCACACAAGCAAUUGCAACUGGCCCCACUGCAGAUCCUGAAAAACGCAAGCUGAUACAGCAGCAGCUGGUCCUACUGCUUCACGCUCAUAAAUGUCAGAGACGAGAACAAGCGAAUGGGGAGGUUCGGGCCUGCUCCCUCCCUCACUGUCGAACCAUGAAGAAUGUCUUGAAUCACAUGACACAUUGUCAGGCUGGGAAAGCCUGCCAAGUUGCCCAUUGUGCAUCUUCACGACAAAUCAUCUCUCAUUGGAAGAACUGCACACGACAUGACUGUCCUGUUUGCCUCCCUUUGAAAAAUGCCAGUGACAAGCGAAACCAACAAACCAUCCUGGGGUCUCCAGCUAGUGGAAUUCAAAACACAAUUGGCUCUGUUGGCACGGGGCAGCAGAAUGCCACUUCUCUAAGUAACCCGAAUCCCAUAGACCCCAGCUCCAUGCAGCGAGCCUACGCUGCUCUCGGACUGCCCUACAUGAACCAGCCGCAGACGCAGCUGCAGCCGCAGGCUCCCGGCCAGCAACCAGCACAGCCUCCGACCCACCAGCAGAUGCGGACUCUCACCCCUCUGGGAAAUAACCCUAUGAACAUUCCAGCAGGAGGGAUGACAACAGAUCAGCAGCCACCAAACCUGAUUUCAGAAUCCGCUCUUCCAGCUUCCCUUGGAGCCACAAAUCCUCUGAUGAACGAUGGCUCCAGCUCUGCUAACAUCGGGACUCUAAGCACCAUACCUGCAGCAGCACCUCCUUCCAGUACCGGGGUUCGAAAAGGCUGGCACGAGCACGUCACUCAGGACCUGCGGAGCCAUCUGGUUCAUAAACUUGUCCAAGCCAUCUUCCCAACACCUGAUCCCGCAGCCCUCAAGGAUCGCCGCAUGGAGAACCUGGUCGCCUAUGCGAAGAAGGUGGAAGGGGACAUGUAUGAGUCUGCCAACAGCAGGGAUGAAUACUAUCAUUUAUUAGCAGAGAAAAUCUACAAGAUACAGAAAGAACUAGAAGAAAAGCGGAGGUCACGUUUACAUAAGCAGGGCAUCUUGGGUAACCAGCCAGCCUUACCAGCCCCUGGGGCUCAGCCCCCCGGGAUGCCCCCGACACAGCCUGUCAGGCCUCCAAAUGGGCCCCUGCCCCUGCCAGUGACCCGCAUGCCGGUUUCCCAAGGGAUGAAUUCAUUUAACCCAAUGUCCUUGGGGAAUGUCCAGUUGCCGCAAGCACCCAUGGGACCAAGGGCAGCCUCCCCCAUGAACCACUCGGUGCAGAUGAACAGCAUGGGCUCCGUCCCAGGGAUGGCCAUUUCUCCUUCUCGAAUGCCUCAGCCUCCGAACAUGAUGGGUGCACACGCCAACAACAUGAUGGCCCAGACGCCUACUCAGAACCAGUUUCUAGCGCAAAACCAGUUCCCGUCAUCGAGUGGGGCGAUGAGUGUAAACAGUGUGAGCAUGGGGCAGCCGACGGCCCAGGCGGGAGUGGCGCAGGGGCAGGUGCCUGGUGCUGCUCUCCCUAACCCUCUGAACAUGCUUGGGCCCCAGACCAGCCAGCUGCCCUGCCCUCCAGUGACACAGUCACCAUUGCACCCAACACCACCUCCUGCCUCUGUGGCUGCUGGCCUGCCGUCUCUGCAGCACCCAACGCCACCUCCUGCUUCUGCGGCUGCUGGCCUGCCGUCUCUGCAGCACCCGCCACCACCGGGGAUGACGCCGCCCCAGCCAGCAGCACCUGCUCAGCCAUCGACUCCUGUGUCAUCUUCCGGGCAGACUCCUACCCCAACUCCUGGCUCCGUGCCCAGUGCUGCCCAAACACAGAGCACCCCUACGGUGCAGGCAGCAUCCCAGGCCCAGGUGACCCCACAGCCUCAAACCCCGGUCCAGCCCCCGUCUGUGGCCACCCCUCAGUCAUCGCAGCAGCAGCCUACACCUGUGCACGUGCAGCCUCCCGGCACACCGCUUUCCCAGGCAGCAGCCAGUAUUGAUAAUAGAGUUCCCACACCUUCGUCAGUGGCCAGUGCGGAAACCAGCUCCCAGCAGCCAGGGCCUGAUGUCCCUGUGCUGGACAUGAAGGCGGAGGUCCAGGCCGAGGAUGCUGAGCCCGAUGCUGGGGAGCCCAAAGGGGACCCUCGGUCUGAGGUGAUGGAGGAGGAUUUGCAGGGAUCCUCCCAAAUUAAAGAAGAAACAGAUUCUACAGAGCAGAAACCAGAACCAAUGGAAGUGGAUGAAAAGAAACCGGAAGUAAAAGUGGAGGCUAAGGAGGAAGACGAGAGCAGCACCAAUGGGACGGCCUCGCAGUCAACAUCCCCUUCACAGCCACGCAAGAAAAUCUUUAAGCCUGAGGAGCUACGCCAGGCCCUCAUGCCGACCCUGGAAGCGCUGUAUCGACAGGACCCGGAGUCUUUACCGUUUCGGCAGCCUGUAGAUCCUCAGCUGCUAGGAAUUCCGGAUUACUUCGACAUUGUGAAGAAUCCCAUGGACCUUUCUACGAUCAAGCGGAAACUGGAUACAGGGCAGUACCAAGAACCCUGGCAGUACGUGGAUGACGUCUGGCUGAUGUUCAACAAUGCUUGGCUCUAUAACCGUAAGACUUCGCGUGUCUACAAAUUUUGCAGUAAGCUUGCAGAAGUCUUUGAGCAGGAGAUCGACCCCGUGAUGCAGUCCCUUGGAUAUUGCUGUGGACGCAAGUAUGAAUUCUCCCCCCAGACUUUGUGCUGCUACGGGAAGCAGCUGUGUACAAUCCCUCGCGAUGCCGCCUACUACAGCUAUCAGAAUAGGUAUCAUUUCUGUGAGAAGUGUUUCACAGAGAUCCAGGGCGAGAAUGUGACCCUGGGUGACGACCCUUCACAACCCCAGACGACAAUUUCAAAGGAUCAGUUUGAAAAGAAGAAAAAUGAUACCUUAGACCCCGAACCUUUUGUCGAUUGCAAAGAGUGUGGACGGAAGAUGCAUCAGAUUUGUGUGCUGCAUUAUGACAUCAUUUGGCCUUCGGGCUUUGUAUGCGACAACUGCUUGAAGAAAACUGGCAGACCUCGAAAAGAAAACAAAUUCAGUGCUAAGAGACUGCAGACCACACGACUGGGGAACCACCUGGAAGACCGAGUGAACAAAUUCCUGCGGCGCCAAAAUCACCCUGAAGCCGGGGAGGUCUUCGUCAGAGUGGUGGCCAGCUCGGACAAGACCGUGGAGGUCAAGCCUGGGAUGAAGUCUCGGUUUGUGGACUCUGGGGAGAUGUCGGAGUCUUUCCCAUAUCGAACCAAAGCGCUCUUUGCUUUUGAGGAAAUCGAUGGAGUGGAUGUGUGCUUCUUUGGAAUGCAUGUCCAAGAAUAUGGUUCCGAUUGCCCUCCUCCAAACACAAGGCGUGUGUACAUCUCCUACCUGGACAGUAUUCACUUCUUCCGGCCCCGUUGCCUCCGGACAGCCGUUUACCAUGAGAUCCUUAUUGGCUAUCUAGAAUAUGUGAAGAAAUUGGGGUAUGUGACAGGGCACAUCUGGGCCUGUCCCCCAAGUGAAGGAGACGACUACAUCUUCCACUGCCACCCCCCUGACCAAAAAAUCCCGAAGCCAAAACGCCUGCAGGAGUGGUACAAGAAGAUGCUGGACAAGGCGUUCGCCGAGCGCAUCAUUCACGACUACAAGGACAUUCUCAAACAAGCAACUGAAGACAGGCUCACCAGUGCCAAGGAAUUGCCCUACUUUGAAGGUGAUUUCUGGCCCAACGUGUUGGAAGAGAGCAUUAAGGAGCUGGAGCAAGAGGAGGAGGAGAGGAAGAAAGAAGAGAGCACUGCCGCCAGUGAGACCACCGAGGGCAGUCAGGGCGACAGCAAGAACGCCAAGAAGAAGAACAACAAGAAAACCAACAAGAAUAAGAGCAGCAUCAGCCGUGCCAACAAGAAGAAACCCAGCGUGCCCAGUGUGUCCAACGACCUGUCCCAGAAGCUGUAUGCCACCAUGGAGAAGCAUAAGGAGGUCUUCUUUGUGAUCCACCUGCACGCAGGGCCUGUUAUCAACACCCUGCCCCCCAUCGUCGACCCCGACCCGCUGCUCAGCUGUGACCUCAUGGACGGGCGCGACGCCUUCCUCACGCUGGCCAGGGACAAGCACUGGGAGUUCUCCUCACUGCGCCGCUCCAAGUGGUCCACGCUGUGCAUGCUGGUGGAGCUGCACACCCAGGGCCAGGACCGCUUUGUCUACACCUGUAACGAGUGCAAGCACCACGUGGAGACACGCUGGCACUGCACGGUGUGCGAGGACUACGACCUGUGCAUCAACUGCUACAACACGAAGAGCCACACGCACAAGAUGGUGAAGUGGGGGCUGGGCCUGGACGACGAGGGCAGCAGCCAGGGCGAGCCGCAGUCCAAGAGCCCCCAGGAGUCGCGGCGCCUGAGCAUCCAGCGCUGCAUCCAGUCCCUGGUGCACGCCUGCCAGUGCCGCAACGCCAACUGCUCGCUGCCGUCCUGCCAGAAGAUGAAGCGGGUGGUGCAGCACACCAAGGGCUGCAAGCGGAAGACCAACGGCGGCUGCCCGGUGUGCAAGCAGCUCAUCGCCCUGUGCUGCUACCACGCCAAGCACUGCCAGGAGAACAAGUGCCCCGUGCCCUUCUGCCUCAACAUCAAACACAAGCUUCGCCAGCAGCAGAUCCAGCACCGGCUGCAGCAGGCCCAGCUCAUGCGCCGGCGGAUGGCCACCAUGAACACCCGCAACGUGCCUCAGCAGAGUUUGCCUUCUCCUACCUCAGCGCCGCCCGGGACCCCCACACAGCAGCCCGGCACGCCCCAGACGCCGCAGCCCCCUGCCCAGCCCCAGCCUUCACCCGUGAGCAUGUCACCAGCCGGCUUCCCCAGUGUGGCCCGGACUCAGCCCCCCACAACUGUGUCCGCAGGGAAGCCCACCAACCAGGUGCCGGCUCCCCCGCCCCCUGCCCAGCCCCCACCUGCGGCCGUGGAGGCUGCCCGGCAGAUUGAGCGCGAGGCCCAGCAGCAGCAGCACCUCUACCGUGUGAACAUCAACAGUGGCAUGCCGCCAGGGCGCACGGGCAUGGGGACCCCCGGGAGCCAGAUGGCCCCUGUGGGCCUGAAUGUGCCACGGCCCAGCCAGGUCAGCGGGCCCGUCAUGCCCAGCAUGCCACCUGGGCAGUGGCAGCAGGCGCCCCUCCCCCAGCAGCAGCCAAUGCCAGGCAUGCCCAGGCCUGUGAUGUCCAUGCAGCCCCAGGCAGCCGUGGCUGGGCCCAGGAUGCCCAGCGUCCCGCCACCCAGGAGCAUCUCGCCCAGCGCCCUGCAAGACCUCCUGCGGACCCUGAAAUCACCCAGCUCCCCGCAGCAGCAGCAGCAGGUGCUGAACAUCCUCAAGUCCAACCCACAGCUAAUGGCAGCUUUCAUCAAACAGCGCACAGCCAAGUAUGUGGCCAACCAGCCUGGCAUGCAGCCCCAGCCCGGCCUGCAGGCCCAGCCCGGCCUGCAGGCCCAGCCCGGCAUGCACCAGCAGCCCGGCCUGCAAAACCUGAACGCCAUGCAAGCGGGCGUGCCACGGCCUGGGGUGCCCCCCCAGCAGCAGGCAAUGGGAGGCCUGAACCCCCCGGGCCAGGCCUUGAACAUCAUGAACCCAGGACACAACCCCAGCGUGGCGAGUAUGAAUCCUCAGUACCGCGAGAUGCUGAGGCGGCAGCUCCUGCAGCAGCAGCAGCAACAGCAGCAGCAGCAGCAGCAGCAGCAGCAGCAGGGCAGUGGGGGCGUGGCCGGGGGCAUGGCUGGGCACGGCCAGUUCCAGCAGCCGCAGGGACCUGGUGGCUACGCCCCAGCCAUGCAGCCGCAGCGCAUGCAGCAGCACCUCCCCAUGCAGGGCAGCUCCAUGGGCCAGAUGGCCGCUCAGAUGGGACAGCUUGGCCAGAUGGGACAGCCGGGGCUGGGGGCAGACGGCAGCCCCAACAUCCAGCAGGCUCUGCAGCAGCGGAUUCUGCAGCAGCAGCAGAUGAAGCAGCAGAUGGGGUCCCCAGGCCAGCCGAACCCUAUGAGCCCCCAGCAACACAUGCUCUCAGGACAGCCGCAGGCCUCCCAUCUCCCCGGCCAGCAGAUCGCCACAUCCCUCAGCAACCAGGUGCGGUCUCCAGCCCCUGUCCAGUCUCCGCGGCCCCAGUCCCAGCCUCCACAUUCCAGCCCAUCACCGCGGAUACAGCCCCAGCCUUCGCCACACCACGUCUCGCCCCAGACUGGUUCCCCCCAUCCCGGACUCGCAGUCACCAUGGCCAGCUCCAUAGAUCAGGGACACUUGGGGAACCCUGAACAGAGUGCAAUGCUCCCCCAGCUGAACACCCCCAAUAGGAGCACACUGUCCAGCGAACUGUCUCUGGUCGGUGACACCACAGGGGAUACGCUAGAAAAAUUUGUGGAGGGUUUGUAGCAUUAUGAGAGCAUCGCGUUUGCUCCCUUUCGUGCCCCUGGACCUUUUGUACUGAAAAUCCAGGCGUCUAGGGCCUUUUCAUUCCUAGACGGAACUGCUGCUUCCAAGCCAUGGAAGGGUGGAUUGAUGUUUAAAGAAACAAUACAAAGAAUAUAUUUUUUUGUUAAAAACCAGUUGAUUUAAAUAUCUGGUCUCUCUCUCUCUCCUCUCUCUCUCUCUCUCGCUCUCUCUUUGGUUUUAUUUUUUUGUUUUUGUUUUAUUUUUGUUGUUGUUUUUUCUUUUUUGUUUUUGGGGGAGGGGGGUUGGUUUGGAUUCUUUUUGUCGUCAUUGCUGGUGAUUCAUGCCUUUUUUUAACGGGAAAAACAAGCUCAUUAUAUUCAUAUUUUUUAUUUGUAUUUUCAAGACUUUAAACAUUUAUGUUUAAAAGUGAGAAGAAAAAUAAUAUUCAGAAACUGAUUCCUGAAAUAAUGCAAGCUUAUAAUGUAUCCCGGUAACUUUCUGAUGUUGCGGGAAGAUUUUUUUUCUAUAGUGAACUCUGUGGGCGUCUCCAAGUAUUACCCCUGGACAAUAGGAACUGACUCCGGUGUGCACACACGUACACACACCCACACACACAUCUAUCUAUACGUGCUGGCUCAAGCCAAACUCUUGUCUUGCAGAUGUAGAAGUUGUUGCUUUGUUUCUCUGAUAAAACUGGUUUUAGACAAAAAAUAGGGAUGAUCACUCUCUUAGACCAUGCUGAUGUUAAUAGAGAAGAAGCAUUCUUUUCUUUCUUCUAUGUGAAACUUGAAAUGAGGAAAAGCAGUUCUAGUGUAAAUCAUGCAAGCGCUAUAAUUACUAUAAAUAAGAAAACUCAAGAAGAUUCAAUCACUGUAUAGAAUGGUAAAGAACCAACUCAUUUCUUAUAUCAUAUUGUUAAAUAAACUGUGUGCAACAGACAAAAAGGGUGGUCCUUCUUGAAUUCAUGUACAUGGUAUUAACACUUAGUGUUCGGGGCUUUUUUGUUAUGAAAAUGCUGUUUUCAACGUUGUAUUUGGACUAUGCAUGUGUUUUUUCCCCAUUGUAUAUAAAGUAUCGCUUAAAAUUGAUAUAAAUUACUGAAGUUUUUAA